AUGUUCAAAUGGGUUCGAUUGGGAACUGAUUUUAGAAAACGAAAUGGGGGAAGCGAUCCUAGAGUUGCAACUUGUCGGGGAAAAUUACAAAAUAAAAGAUCAAAAUUAAAUCAAGAAAUAAACAAAGAAUUGAGAUUAAGAGCCGGCGCCGAAAAUUUAUUCAGGGCUACAAAUAAUAGAAAAUUAAAGGAAACAGUAGCUCUUGAAUUAAGCUUUGUUAAUUCUAAUUUACAAUUGCUGAAGGAACAGUUAGCAGAGCUUAACAGUUCAGUAGAAUUAUAUCAAAAUGAAGAAAAAGGACCCAUUAUACCCUUGAUACCUUUGGGUUUAAAAGAAACCAAAGAAGUUGAUUUUAAAGAACCUUUUAAAGACUUUAUUCUAGAACAUUAUUCGGAAGAAGGAAAUUUAUAUAGCGAUGUCAUAUCACAAGUAAUGGAUUUACGUCAGGCUAUUAGAACUCCUUUAAGAGAUGAAAAUGGUAUUUCCUUAUUAUUUCAAUAUUAUAAUCAAUUAUACUUUUUAGAAAGAAGAUUUUUCCCUCCUGAUAGAAGUUUAGGAAUAUAUUUUGAAUGGUAUGAUUCAUUAACGGGAAUUCCCAGCUAUCAGCGAACUGUUGCUUUUGAAAAGGCUUGCGUUUUGUUCAACAUAGCCGCCAUUUACACUCAAAUAGCAGCAAAACAAGAUCGUAAGUCUAUAAGUGGUUUAAAUAGCGCUAUAGAAGCUUUUCUACGUUCCUCUGGUACGCUAAAAUACAUUAGCGAAAAUUUUACAAAUGCUCCAAGUACUGAUUUAAAUACCGAAAUGUUGGAAAUGUUGGGACAUUUAAUGCAGGCUCAGGCAAAAGAAUGUUUUUUAGAAAAAUUAGAUUUGUCACAAGAAAGUGAUGAAGAUAAAACUAUUGAUGAGUUGUUAGAUUUAGCACAAGAAGGAAGUCACGUGGCUGAUAUUUAUACUCACGUAAUUAAAUUAAUUUCACCUGUCAAAUGUUUCGUUCCGUAUACCUGGAUAUCACUCGUCACAUUAAAAGUUGAAUACUAUAUGGCUAUGGCACACAGGUUUUGCGGUAUGGCUUUGAUGAAUACGGAAAUGAAAAAUUUCACGGCCGACACCAUAGAACGUUUAAAAAGAGUUCACUAUGUUUCCGACGACAAAUUACAAAUAGAUAUAUUGUUUCCUAAAAACGAGGAUGAUAAUCAAUUAUUAGCGCGGGCUCAUUUGAAAGAAUCAUUACUCAAAUUUGAAGAAACAUUAAGAUUGCACAGAAUGUGUAGAGAACUGAAAAAUAAACCCGGUUUAGAAACCGUAUUAAAGACUUAUCAUUCAUUAGCUUUAAAUUUAUAUUCAAAAUUUGAAGAGAAAAACGAUUUUAGAGAUGUACUCGAACCUCCGCAAAUAAUACCUUUAACAAAAUUUACCUUUUCGAUAAAGCAACCGGAUUUUGCACAAUAUCGGGUUGACGACAUGUUUAAAAAACUUGGUCCUUGUGCCGUUUUUUCUGCCAAACAUCAUUGGAGUGCACCUCGUUUGGUACAAUUACAAAGAACGAGUAAAAAAGAAAAAUUUGGAUUCACAGUAAGAGGUAGUUGUCCCGUUAUUGUAUCUGGAGUUGAUCCUCAUAGUUUAGCUGAUUUCGGAGGAAUUAAAGAAGGUGAUUAUUUGGUGUCGGUUGGAGACGAAGAUGUUAAAUGGUAUUCAAACGAUCAAGUAACAAAUUUGUUGGAAUCCGCUGGAGAUUCUCUCUCACUUAAACUCGUAACACCUAUGAAUAAAAAUAAUUCAAAAGUUUUGGAAGGUUUUAAAUGUUCAUCCGUCGUUUUGGAUUCCAGUCAAACAUCAAAUGAUUUAAGUAAUAAUAGAUCAUGGACGAAAGGAAUUCAAUUAAUUCAUUCUUCUCUUCUUUCCGAUAUAAAUUUAAAAAGACUGACGUGGAAUCCUUUUAAAAAACAAAAUUCAACAGGAUCCGUUUUAGAUAAUUCCUACGAAACGUAA